AUAAAAGCGGACACAUGGACUACACUUUGAUAUGGUGUCCAGUCUCGCUCUCACCGGAACCAAACGAAAUCGCUUCCGGGUCGGAAAGGUCUCCUGUCUCCACGAGAUGAAUAAAGUGUGUCAAACAGAUUCGGGUGACGUGAUCUUUAUUUCUGAAACGAUUGCACCAAAAACCAACAAGGUUGUUGUCAUUGAUCAGGUGAAGCGACUUGCUCUGCAAAGAGACAUUGAUCAGGAAUCUCUCCCUCAGCAGCCUUCAAAGUCAAACCACAGGUGUGCUCCUUUGCAAAGGCCUGAGGAGAAGAUGAAAAUUAACUUUGGGGAUGUGAUAGAAGAGAAUGUUGAAAAGAAAAACAAAAAACGCAAGAAAGAACAAACCUUGCCUCCAAAAAUGGAUGACCCCACAAUUGCUGACGGCAACCCACACAGUGUGGAAAAGAAAAAGAAGAAAGUAAAAAAAGAGGGCUCGGUAGUGCAAAUAUUGGAGUUUUUAGAAAUAGGUGGUGAACUGAAAGAGAAGAGGAAAAUGAAGACGGAGAAAGUUAAACACAAGGCAAAGAGGAAAAAGGACAAAGUGGAACAGGAUGAAAUAACUGUAACAAAAAAGAAGAAACUCGCUAAACUAAAAUUAGCUGAGAGUGAGGAGGCCGCAGAAACACCAGAUGGACAGGAGGUUGAUGGGGUGAAGCUGAAGAAGAAAAAAAAGAAGAAUGCCUCACCAGACAAUGGAAAACCUGAGGAUACCAUAGAGGAAACACAGAAGGAAGAAAAAGUCACAAAGAGCAAGGUUGGCAUUGGGGAAGGUGAGAGAAAACGGGUGAAAAAGGGAGAAAAGGCCACGAAGAAAAAGUCUUCUGGGCUCAGCACAGAAGAAGAGACUCAAUCUACAAAGAAGAAAAAACUAAAAGUAGAAGAAAACCAGGAACCGAGCAAGAAAAGCAAAAAGAAGAUUUCUUUUAGGGAAUUGGAACCGGUUGAGGAAGUGUAUUCUUACACAAGUGUAAUGAAGAUGAUUAAGAAGGAGAAGGGAAUUAAUAAAGACUUGUACAACCAGGUGGACGCUCGCCAAGCAGACGUAGUCUUCUUGUCAGAGAAGACUGGAAACACUGAUGAGGUGACCAUCAACCAGGAAAGACGACAGGCUUUACAGAUGGAGAUUGACAAAGCCUCUCAGCCUCUACAAGUGCACCAACCUUCAGGCUUUGGUCAGUGGGGCACUGCCCAGUUUGAAAGCUCCCAACAGAAGCACAAGUUCCUCAGGUUGAUGGGCGGCUUCAAGAAGGGCUUCCAGCCAGCUGCCGCUGCAAGCAUUGCAAAGCCAAAUAUGGCACUCUGCAAGGAUACACAGGAACAUUUGCAGCAAGGACUCAUGGGAGAAUUUGAGCGUGCCCACUCACGCCGAAUAGACUUAAACAGUAGAGGCGCAGGACUUGGGUUUAGUGAACUGUCCAAAAAGUUCACCAUCGAUGUCAAUACAUGUCGAUCUGUCCGCUUUGAUGAUUGACCGCCGCUCUGUAGGUCUGUUUUAAUAUUGUAUUAACUUUAGUCCUUUCAGUUACAUCAAGAUCUUGACUUUAUGAAUCCCUGUAAAUAAACAAAUGCUACAAAAAUGUUAUUUGUAUGACAGACACUUGCUUGAAACACCCCCCAUCCCAAAUUGUGAAAGUACAAUUACAAGAAUAAAAAAGGCAAAGCUGGAGGAUAACAUUUUCAUUUUAUUUAAUUCUUACAAACAUCUGCAA